AUGGAUCCCCUCUCAAUAGCUGGCAGCGUUGCAGGACUGGUCAGUUUGGCGGAUGUGGUAUUCCGAACAGUAGCAAAGUAUCGAAGAGAGGUAAAAGGCGCUCAGAAAGAAGUGGACAAUCUUCUCAACGAGGUGAAGAAUACAUCUCUUCUCCUCCACAAUUUGUCUCUCAUAGCUUACGACCUGGAGAGCGGCGCCGUUCCCGGCCAGACGAGAGGCCCGAAUCUCAAGCUAGAGCAUCUUAAUGAUUGUCGAAAUCUUCUGCGCCGACUUGAGAGCGGACUGACUGGGGCGAAAGACGCCUUCGAGCUGCCCUCUCGUCUCGACAGGCUGCAGGCUCGUUUAAAAUGGCCCUUCUCUGCUUCAGAAAUGAGAGAAAUGGUUGAGUCGCUACGAAACCAACAGAGGUUUAUCAAUACAUCCCUCACGGCAGAUUCAAUCACGCAACUCAAAGCAUGUCUUUCUUUGCAACAGGAUACAGCGGGCCGAGUCAAAGACCUGCAAGCCACAACGAGCCAGAUCCUUGAUGUCCAGACAACAAUCCGACUUGAUGAACGCAGGAGCCGGGUCCUUGAUUUUUUUCUCAAGGCAAAUCCUCAGUCAGAAUUCGAAAUGAGUAAAAAGCUGCGGCACCCACUUACUGGCUUAUGGCUUACGGAAGGGGAGGAUUUUCAUCGCUGGUACAACGAUCCUGGCGCGAGGAUAUGGCUCAACGGUAUCCCGGGAGCGGGAAAAUCGGUGAUAGCCGGGGCGAUCAUUGCCGAAUGUUUUCUUCAAAAUCAAUCAAACCCUGGAAGCGCUGUUGCAUACUUUUAUUGUACUUAUCGAGAUUCGAGAACGUUCUCAGCGUCGAAUAUCCUGUCAUCUGUUGCUGCACAACUUGCUCGACAAGACGAGAAGGCAUAUGAAUUGUUAGAGGCGUAUUACAACGAGCUACGUCUGGGGGACUCUCUUCCAAAGAACCCAACUACCAAGGGUCUGCGGGAGAUUCUGAGCACCAUGUCUACACUCUUCAACCGGGUGUAUAUUAUUAUCGAUGGGCUUGAUGAAUGCGACAAUGAAGUCGAGGAAAAUGUCCAAUGCCUCCUCGCACUUGCGCGUGAUAGCAACAUGAAGAAACAAGUCAACAUAGCUCUCUUAAGCAGAGAUGAGGUCUUCAUUCGAGAAAGUCUCGAAAUUGAGUUCCGUGUCAUCGAAAUAGAAGCCCAUACCGAAGAUAUUCAACUAUAUGUGGCUUCAGAACUGGAGGAACGGAUCGGUUCUGGAAGACUCAGGAUUAGGGAUAUGAGUCUUCGGGGCCAUAUCAUAGCGGAACUUGUCAAAGGCGCGAAAGGAAUGUUCCGAUGGGUGGCUUGUCAACUUGAUUACAUGUGUGAGCUUCCGACAGAUGGAGCUAGGCGCAAGGCUUUAAAUCAACUUCCACCAACACUGCCGGCAACCUACGAGCGCAUCCUGUUGAGGGUGGACGCUCAUAGCGAGCAAGUGAAAUCCCUAGUGAAGAACAGCCUUCUACUUAUCGCCUAUAAGAAUCCUGGCCUCGCCUUUGGAGAUCGUAGCCUCAGCUCUCGCAUGAUUUGCGAGGCAGUAUCUACUUCUUUAAAUUUCACUAGAUUGGAUGCCGACGAAAUAGUUGAAGAGCAAGAAAUUUUGAGAUGGGUUGGAAGUUUGGUGCGCAGAUCCAACGACAAGAAACGAUUUGAAUUCGCGCAUUUCACGGUGCAAGAGUUUCUUGAGAAGAUUUGCCCCAGCCACCAUACUUUGAGCGCAUACAGCAUAUCUGGGGGUAGAAUUUUGGGAUACCUGACUUCUAUCUGCCUAAAAUAUUUAACCUUGGAUAAUUUUAUCCAAUGUGACCCGCAACUCACCACCGAGAAUAUUCGAAAUCUUCUACAAUUAACAAAAUCGCGACCUUUUUAUGAAUUUUCUGCCAUUUUUUGGCCGAUAAUUCUGAAUAGAGGCUCGGAUGAGACCGAGGACAAUAUAAAUUUCCAACUCCAGACAUUAUUUCAUCCCCGGAAAACCAAACAAUUUUGUCUUUGGGCAAUUGAACUAGUAAGGCACUGCUACACUCGGCCCAUUAACGACAUUCUCGAGCCACACGACGAUUUCUUCGACGAUGAGGAGCAUGCUGCAGUCUACAUAUCAGCUCUGCUCAGGCCAGACUUUACUCCGUUACAUAUGUCAGCCGCCUUGGGAUUUCCGCAACUUACAAAGCAUCUAAUCAACAUGGGUUGUAGCCCGAACGUGACCAGCAGGUUUGGAACCCCGUUGCAUUGCGCUGUUGGGGGCCUUGCCGUAUUUUCCGAUUCUGACGAUCUUGGACAAUUCUCUACCACUAAAGGCCUACACACUGGUAAGGCAAGACGUGAUACCGUUCAGCUACUUCUCAAUGCUGGCUGUAGCCCAAUCUCCAGAUUUCAAUCAGACUUUAGGUCUUCAGGUAUGCUCGGACUUUCUGCUAUCUUUGACGCCUCCGAGUUGGAGUAUUUUGAAAUUAUCAUUGAUCUUCUGCGUGCGGGGGCCAUUGUUGAAGACGAUGACUUGGGAGCCUUCUCUGCUACUUAUGGCGAAACUCUUGAAGUCUGUCCAGAUUUCGAGGAGGAGCAGGAAUGGAAUGACGGACAAAUAUUGAAAGAUUUGAUUGAGGCCCUUGGUACCCCAACUGUGGAUGACGGGGCUCGAUUUCAAUUAUUCUCCAUGACAGUACAACUUGUCGCAGAGGUGAAAAUUACAACAACGGAUGAAACCCCCCAAGAGAUAUCUCUUGGGGAAGAAAAUGCCGCCCCUAUCUUCUCUAUAAUUCGCGACAAUGAUGUUUCUCAAUUAGGUCGACUUCUUCAAGACGGAAAUUUAGACUGGUUAGAAACUACGAUAUUAGACGACGGAGUAGAAGGGUUAAAGCCAAUACAUUUGGCCACACGCGAAAGAUCUCUAGACGUUUUGGGUCUGAUACUUGAGAGCGGAUGCGAUGUCAACAACUUAAUGGACGACGGACGAGCGGCGGCAAAUUUAUGCUGGGAAGAUAAACAGGGGGAACAUCUCAAGCUCCUGUUAAAGUACGGGGCUUCUACCACUUUCAAAGGACGUGAUGGCACAUCUUUAUGGCAUGCUGCUGCCAUAGAAGACUCUGUAAUCAUCAUGAAAAUGUUGGUUCAAAGUGAGCAGCGGGAUCAGGGGCUACGAAUGAUGUCCUCGGAAGGGCAGACUCCGAUCUGCGCUGCUAUCUCUGCACGUUGUCUCGGUUCUGCUCUUGUUAUGCUGCCCUACUGCAACACAGAAGAAUGCUGGAAAUCGAAUACGUCAAUAUUUCGUGAUGCCACAGUACUGGGAUCUUUUAGCAUCAUCAAAGAGCUUAUCGAAGUUGGUGUUGACUUAGACGGGGUGGACAGUGAAGGGUCGCCGCUACAUUUUCUGCCCAAAACCCCGGACAAAGAGUGUGUGGACCUGCUUUCCUCGCUGUUUGACCUGAAUCAGAGGUCGUCUGUCAACCAAAGAAUGCCAUUUGAACAUUACAUUUCUUGCACUUUAGGCCAAGGAGCCUAUGCUAACCCGGAGAUAUACAAAAUCCUUCUUCCACGAGAGGCGCUAUCACAACUAUCACAAACUACGGAAUCAUGUCGUGUUUGGACAAAUAUAUGCGAAAUCAUUGCUCUACCUAAGAACAUAUCGAGCAUCGGCAUUUCUUGGGGAAGGGAAGUACUGGAUUAUCUCAUCAAUAUGAAGGUUUUGGAACUGUUUGAGACAGAACGACACUUGUCAGGCGUGGUUCCUCUGUGCGAUGCAUUUUUGCGUGCACUGGCGCAACCGGACUUCAAGGCGGAGCCUAAGAAUGGAUGUAUACACUUAAAUGGGACCUUUGGUAUACUAUCUGGCGUUUACUGGGAGUAUUUUUCAGCCAUGUUCAUGCUAGUUGUUGAGCAAACAACGCUACCAACAGCCGUUAUGGCCAAUCCCACCAUUCUAACAGCCUUCAAACAUGCGAUUGCACAAAAUGAUCUGCCUUUGGUCAGACUACUUCUGGAAAAUGGCGCAGAGCUCUAUACUGAAGUAGAUGGCAUGAGUGCUUUCGAAAUAGCCUGUUGUACUAGCCUAUCCAGUGAUUUAUUUGCCUGCAUCAUAGACCACUCACAGGUUGAUUAUCUUCAGAAAGCAAACAGGGCCAAACAUGGGCGCGGCCCGCUUCACUAUGCUUGCUCUUCACGAAGCCUUCCACAACACGCAGAUAGUAUUCGUGUGCAAAUUCUACGCAGCCUGCUUCAGAACAUUGAAGAUUGUGAUAUACCAAACUCGGAACAGGUAGGGACCCCAUUAUUCGACCAUGUCGUGAGAGGUUCUAUCAGUACAGUUGAGGUGCUUGUGCAGGCAGGCGCAAACCCAUGGAAAACCUGUGCUUCUACGGGGUACAACUCGGUGAUGGCGGCAGUCUAUCAAGGGUUCACAUGGGGAACCAUUGAGAUUCUUACUCAGAAUGACGCCUACCCACCACAGUGGAAACACGCCCUAAAAUGUGGGGAAACAGUUCUACACAUCGCCGCAGCAGUUGGCAACUGCGAUUGCCUAGAAGUACUGCUAGACAAAAGCAUUGCUGGCCACACGCACACUCUCGACAAAUAUGAUAGAACACCUAUGCACCAUGCAGCAGCGAACGGCCGCACUGAAGCCUUUCGCGUCCUUGCCCAAAGGGGAGGAGAUGUUAAUCUGAAAACAAUCCAGGGCCUCACACCGCUGCACUUCGCAGCGAAAAAUGGCCAUCCAAGUAUCGUGAAGGUCUUGCUUGAAAUGGGAGCCAAGCAGUUUGAAUGUUCAAAUGGAUGGACCCCGUUAAUUUAUGCAUACAUCGGGGGCAACCCUGAUGUUAUCAAGAUGCUAACUGCUGAAGCCAACGUUGUUCGAUCAGCGGAUCAGAUCAUAAAACCAAAGGCACUACUUACUAUGUCAAAGGCUUUAUGCGCUGCUGUAAUGAACGACGACCAUGCUGCAUGUGAGAGGCUCAAAAGCCUAGGUUGCCCAAUCGACAUUGAACUUGAGUUCUCAGGGCAGUGUAUCACUCCCCUGAUGCUUGCGAUGUGCCAGAGGAAAAGCCUAGAGCUGAUAAAUUGGCUCAUUGAAAACGGCUCCCUGCUGUCUAUCGCCCAAAGAUUUCUAAUCAAUGGAUAUUACUUUUCUGUUCUAGAUGUAGCGAUUAUGGAAUCCGUUUAUGUCGGCUUUCUCCCGAAGCUGAUCAACGCCUUUGUUGAGGAGGGAGGUGAUUUACUCAGUCCACCACACAAUAUUCUCUUCAAGGCAAUUGAUUAUCGAAGAUACGGUGCGUUGAACAUCCUACUUGAGGGAGAUUUUAAGGGCGUCGCCACAUUAAAUAAGCCAGCCCAUGAGGCCCGGUCAGCGAUCAUUCGUCUCGUCAAUGAACGCCAAGAAACAAAUUUCUAUGAAGAAACUCCCCUCAUAGAAGCAGUUUCCUCAAGAGCUGUUGAUGCUGUGGAGCUUUUGAUACAAGCCGGAGCGGACGUCAAUUUUGUGGACUCUUCUUGGGGGAACACAGCCUUGCACCACGCAACAUUCGAGGAAUCCGUAGAUAUAGUACAGCUGAUCCUUGAUUCUGGUUGCCUCGUUAAUGUGCGGAACAUGUGGCAGCAAACGGCUGCCGAUUAUGCCUUCAUCUGUGGUAACCUAGCUAUUGCCCGUCUACUGACUCAAGCUGGUGCGCAAGUAACAGCGGAGAGCAUCAUACUGUUAGGCCAUCGCCGGUCUUUGGCUCACCUAUUCAACAGCAAUGAUACAGAGGCUUCAUGGUCUUUGCAUCUACAAGAUCCCCUGCAUAUCCCAAUCACAAUGACCAGCCAUGAAAUAUCCAACAUAACGGCAAAUAUUCCUGUCCUGCGUCGAUACAUGGGCGAUGCUAAGUUAGCAACUGUUUUACAUUUCCAUUCUUCUGGGAAGCACAGCGUUCUAUGCCAAGCAAUCAUGCUGGGCUUGACGAAGGCAGUUGAAAGUUUGGUCAGAUUUGGAGCCGAUAUUAACCAUCUAUGUGAGGAUCACGGUACUGCCUUAACAGUGGCUGCUCGUUUCCAGCGGUUCGAAUUGUUCAAGUACCUUUUUCGAAACGGCGCAAACAUGGAUCAUGGCUCCAAACAACUAUCAAAUGUUCUUUCAAAUGUUGAUGGCAAAAUUGAUCCCAUUAUGUUGGAUUGGGUACUCGUCACUCGGCAUACUGAACAACGCCGGAUCACGUAUGAACAGUCCGACAUGGACACGAACAUUACUGGCCGGGCAGGGGUGAAGACAGCCGCAAUACGUAUGAAGUGGGAGUGGAAGAAACGUCGCCUCGAGUCCUCGUUUGUAUAUGCCCGUCGACUGCAAGACAUCAAGAGGUCGCUUCGAGGCAAAGUUGUCAGUCCCUUGGAGGCCAAGCUAUAG